AUGGGCUGCGCGAACGAGAAGUUGCACGCGCAGCAGAUUGCCUACCAGCGGGACUUCCUCGGCGCUUGCUGGAACAGCGUCCUCGGCGAGGAUGAAGCUAAGGAGUACCUGGCAAGCCGGUGGAUGGGGAUAUCGAGGCAGGUGAUGGGGCUGUGCACCAACAACCACUGCUUCACCGUGCACACGCUGAGAAAGGAGAAGACAGCGGCCACAGACCCGUCCAAGGCGCCGGGCGACCUGAUCGGAGCGCGACCUGGCGUUGGCGGAAAUAUCGGCGUGGGAAGCAGUGGUCGGCAGCGGACCCUCAGUGUCAGUGUGGGCGCGAGCCCGAACGCUGGAUCGCCCCCGGCGUCACCUAAUAGCUCCACGCAGGUCAUCAACCCAUCCCUGUUGUGUGCUCCAGCGUCUAGGAACUUCCCGAAGACGACGCGCCACGGGCAGUCUGGCAGCAGCGACGCCCCCUACCUCGCCAACGCCGAUGCCGAGCUUUCCGCGGCCAACGCGCGCGUCGCCGCCGCAGGGAAGACGAAGAGAGCCGACUCUGGAACAUUACGAACGGUGAUGAAAGACGCGAUCCAGCUGGAGAAGGCCGCGCACAGCCAGCACCCGUACCUUCAGCGUCACGAGCUCUCUGUCUACAGCGGUGUUGUCUUCCGCUGUGCCCCGGCGCACCGGCUGUACCACCGCAUCUCUUUUGUGCCCGAGGCGCGUGCGAAGCGGCUGAACGACGCGCCUGUGUCGGCAGCUGCAGGCGCCCGAGAGGACCAGCAGCCUGCAAGUACGCUGCCGUCCACGCCGCCGUCCACGUCGAGCGGCCGAGCGGUGAAGCACUCGCCCCUAUGCGAGGGCGAUGGUGGGCCGGCGGAUGGUAUGCCCGCCUUGCAACUUGGCUCCACCCUGGCCUGGCACACAAUCUCCUCAGGCGCCGACUGGGAGGCCGAUGAUCCUCUGAGCGCGUCCAACAACUACCCCAUCGAAGACCGCGACGUUGACGGCGUCGCAGCGACGCGGCCGCCGGUGAUCGUUGGGAGCAUUACGGCGAUGGAGCUGCAGGCCCUUCCGCCGAAUGCAGAGUUGUGCUUUGGAGGAUGGCUCUACGUGAGCUUGCAGGAUGAGCAAGAGCGCCUGCGCCGGUCGUUAGCGCGGUACGAGAAGCGGCGGCAGCGGCGCGCAGCAGCUAGAGAGGCUACCAUCACAUCGUCGCCGAUAGCCUCCUCUACAUGGCCAACUCCCUCGACGUUCUGCAAGGACAGCCUCAGUCCAGGUCAGUCGCCAGGUGGGCGGCCGUACAACAGCGUCAACGGUGGGACCGUCGAGGACGCGUCUGAUGGCGGUAAGGCCCCGCACCUCCGAACUUCUGUAGUGGCGCGAUCGAUGUCGGCACCGCGGCGGCCCUGGCAGCGUCGCGACAGCAGUGACGAGAUGAUCACGCGGAGUCAGCGUCCCACGGCGGCGGCGGCGGCGGCACCGCCAUCGCCGCUCGGCGUAGUUCAGGAAGACACCCCCGCCCCACCACGUGCGGAUGUCUCGCGCCAGCUCAGCCCCAACGAAGGCCUCGGCGACGCUGUCAUUGCUGACGCGGAGGAUGCGGCACAUACGACUGCCCCAAUGGUAGACACUACCUCGGCGGCUGAGGCGGCGAGCUCACGCGCCGAUGGAAAGGAGGAGGAGGGGCAACCGGUGCAGCACACCCCUCAGCUAUCAGCGACGCAGUCGGAGAAGCGCGCGGCGCCCGCCAUGAAAACCGCCACCGCAUUACCGCCCCCGCAGUCGCAGCCAUCCCUGGCGAUAGCUCGGCCGUUGAACCUGUCCUGCAACCUGAGGAGCGCAGCUGCCUCGUCUGCGCGGAACCCGUCCAGGACAACCGGCGAAUCGCACAAGCGCGUCAUAAGCUUGGCCCCGCAGCAGCCGACUCCGAUGCUGGGUGUAUCCCCGCUAAGCCCGUUGCGGUGCACAGGAAAGUACGCGCAGGAGGCGAUGGAGGCAGAAGCGUUAGUGGCGUCGUGGCUGCCGUACGCGUACGUCGUCAUUGCCGUCCCCAUGUACGAGUGCUCGCUUGUGCCCACCGCCUUCCACACUGCCCUCAUCCGGCGCAAGGCCGUCUCUCUCAACCUCGCCGACGCGCAGUCGAGGCAGGCGUACGGUGUUGGGUGCAUCACUGCUGCCCGCUACGGUGGUGUGAUGGUGGUGGAGUACCGGGAGAAGAUCAGCGAGGACGAUGACGCCGAGUGGAUUGACGAGCUGCUGCGAGUGGGCCGCGCGUCACAGGAAAAGUACGGUGAGGCAGGAGCCAAGCCAGAUGGCAUGAGCACCCUCGGUCUCUCUGCGUCAGCGGCGGCGGGGACGUCAACGCCCUCAGUGCGGCAUCUCUCACGCACUGUGGCGCACCACGCACGCGCUGAGAAGCUGCACCGCAUCAAGAGUUGCAUCUGGCACAAGCUGCGGCGUCAAGGUCUGUAUGUCAUCCUCGCCUCGACCUGCAUGGCCGACCGCCGGCACCGGCAGCAGCGCGCCUUCGUCGCGAGCGAACUGAGCAGGGUGUUCCAAGCCUCAGCUAGCUGGUUGGGCACACCUGCGACGAGUGUUUCGGCCCUCUCAAAGGGCCGAAAAAGUAGGCACAGCGCCGCUCUUGCGGCCUGUGCGAGCGAGACGGCCGGCGACGCGUAUGAAGAUGUAGAUGGCAUCGGUUGCGACUACUACGCCGCGGACAUGAACGGCGUGGUGGAUUACGACUCUUUGGACGACAACAGCGACAGCUGCAACUCCCGCACAGGCCGUGCCUCGCAGUCUAGCAAUGGCAGCAUCGGAGCGUCAGAGGCAGCGAGGAGUGGCGGCGAAAGCGGUGGACGCCGGCAUAGUCUAUGGUCGAAGCUCUCUCUCCCCGGCGGUAGUAAAAAUCAUUGGCACCGGCGACGGCACCACUAUCACGGCAGCCGUGGCGGCGGCGACGGCAAUGCGGAACGGAAGAAGCAUGACUCCACCCACUUCGGCUUAAGCGGCCAGCAACGUGACGGCAGCGGUCGCCGUGGCCCGACGGCGGCGAAUCCCUCUCUUUGGGCAGAGCCGAACUACGACAAUGACUUUCUCCUACGCGGCACCUACCGACAGAUUGGUGGGAUGAAGUACUUGGACGUUGUGGCGCUCAUAGACGGGUGCCCGGUGUCGGAGCUGGUCCAAGGCAUCAAGCGCUGGGUGGUCAAUCUCCUCUCCAUGCCAAUCAAGGCGCGUCCUCUCUGCUUGUAUCUGCAGCGGUACGAGGGCAUUGCCUCCUCGCUACAGCUGCUCAGCACGCAAGUAGCGAGCGCCGCCCUCGCAUCCAGCGUCGCCUCCGGUCACCUGAUCGCCCCGAUGAACCUGAGCUUCCGCGCCGGUGGCGGCGCCGGACUGGAGGCGGCGUCCUUUGUUUCGCAGCAGCAUGCCGAGGCGACGGGCGGGGCGACGAGCACAGGCAGCUUCUCUGCCGCCUCGGUGCUCAUGAACGUCUCCGCGACUGCCUCCACCGCCCGACGUAACGUGCCGUACAACACCUACUACCGAGGUCCGCUUGACCCCGUUGUUCGGGCCGUGAUGUCGCCCGAGGUCGAGUCGAUGAUCGCAGCGUGCCACACGCGUCAGCUGCCGGAGGUUUUGCGCUCACCGCAGUUGCCCGCGCCACGUGCAGUGACGAGCGAUGGCGCCACCGACGCCGGGCCCCUCCCCCCACUACCCUCUCCCGCUUCGGUCGCUAGCAGAGGCAGCUGUGACGAUCCCAGGAGUAGCAGUGGCCGUACCAGCCUGACGCCGCAGUUCCUGCCAUCCUUGUCAAGCAGCGAUGCCAAGAGGGCAGUGUCAGUCGAGGCAAGAGUAGGGAUCGCAGCGCAGGUGCUGUGCAGCCCGCGGCUGUCUACUCGAAGUCCGGCGACGCCGCGCACGGGGCGCCCACUCUGUGCCGACCCUGGCCCUAGCCCUAGCACCUCGGCCGUACGACUGCAGCGGAAGGAGCAGCACGAAACCCCCGCCGGCAGCGCUGCCGUGCAGAGUUCCACUGCACACGUCGAUCCCACUUCUGCGUCGCUACUUCCUAGUGCCCCGCCCCCCGCUGCGUUGUCGCUGCGCACCGCCGACACGGCGCCACCGAAGCACAGUUCUGCGGGGCCUCCUUUAGAGGCCAGCGAGUGCCCCCUGUGCAACGACUCGUUGCAGAACGACAGCGCGGUCGGCCACAGCUGUACUGCGACUAAUGGAAAGGCUCUGGCGGCAGCGGCAGCGGCAGCGGCUACAGCGUCGGUGGUGCCCGGCGACAGUAUCGGCAACCCUACUGGAGACGGUAUUACGAACGGCAGCGCCGCUUCUCCGACCGUCAUCGACCCGCUGACUGCCCCCUCGCUGCUGCAGGACGGCUGGAAGCAGCGAGGGACGUCGUCGUCGCGGAGCAACUGCUUCAGUGCCGCUGCUUCUAAGGGCGGAGCGACAGGUGACGACACUCGCCCGGACGACAACGCGUGCACAGGUCCCCGCAGCAUGCUGGACCACACACGCUAUCCUGGUCAGCGUUCCCUGCCUGAGCGAUCGGAGCCCAUGGGAGCAGCAGCAGCAGCUGGAUGUUGCAACAGCAGCGGCGAUGACGACGCCAGUGAUGACGGCGACCGCGACGCGGCGGCGCGCCAGAAAGCCGGCGGAACUGCUUGCGCUGGUGCAGAGGAAGAGGAGGUGUCGUAUGGCGAACGAGAGUGGCAGCUGGCAGACCGUGAGCUGCGGGCGCUCAAGUUGGAGCUGGACGAGAUGCGCUACCUCGUCUCCACCGCCCACAGUGAGCUGCUGCAGAGGUUGGAAGAAAGUUCUCAGCUUGGCGCCAUCUUCCUGCCUCACACGCGGCCCGAUCAAGUCGACCUCUCGCUUCUCACAUUGAAGAUGAUGCGGCAGUACCCCGAGGAGGUGCCUGUGAAGGAGAUCCACACGGACUGGGUGCCGAUGCUGAUGUCGCUGCUGACUAUAUCGCGCGACAACCUGUUCUGCGGCGCCGGCGCCGGCGACGACGGCGGCGACACGUUGGACUUUUUGAGAACGUACAACAACGCCGUCACGCAGUCGGACGCAUGCGACGCCGACAAACGUCGUGAGCUGUACGACGCGGGAACGGCCAAGUACACGAUCGACCCUCUCCCACCGUUGCCAGCGCCGCGCCCGUUACACGACAUUGUCAUUGCACCACAGCCGAUCCGCUUCACCAAGGAAAUGCUACGUGAAGUGAAGCGGGUUGGCAUGGAUGAGACUGGUCUGUCCUUCGCCUUCUCCGGCGGCUCACUCGGUGUGCUGGCUGGCGUGCUGUACUACUACACUGAUUUCCUGCGUGCCAAGUACUGCAGCGGGGUGGCGGCAGCAGGUAGGUGGCCAAAGGACGCAGGGGCCACGGUGCAGGACGUGCUGGCGCGCGACGGGUACAACGUUGUCCUGCGGCGCAUCUGGAUCUGGGGUGUGAUACCGGACUCGAGUGAGCGCAAGUCGGGCAUCACCUCCGCUGCAGCUAAAACGAAGCAACUACUACGAGGGAAGCUGCGGCGCCGCGACCGAGCGGAUUCGGCUACCUCGACGGAGUCAACCUCGACUCGGUGUGCCGAGGAUGCCAAUUAUGUAGUGAUGAACACAACGGGCCUAGACGGUGGCGGCGCCCGUGUAAGAGGGCAGCCCUUCCGCAGCACCGAGGCCUACGCCCUCUACGACGCCGUCUUGCACUACCUCCGGACGCUCGAGGAGUUUCACACGGAGCACCACGGUAACGACUUCAUCGCGCCACAGGGCGCGAUGAAGCGCCGGUCUGCGCUGAUGGCUUGGCGGCGCAACAAGGGCUGCCCCGACGCGGCGGCCGCGGCAUGCGGAAACGGUGGCGAGCCGAACGGCGCGGCCGGGAGCGCUGCUGCUGCCUCGCCGGCGACCUGGACGCUUGUGCCGAAAUUUGAAAUAUGUGUCGCUACAAACUACUACUACAAGGAGCUGAUGGAGGAAGCGCGGCAGCCACGCACCCCCGCUCGCAGAAGCAGCUCCCUGCUUUACACCAGUGGCAGCCUUCACCACACGCCCUCAGAGACUUCCCGCUGCAAGCGCCUUUCUGCCGCUGUCCCGCCUCCGCCGGCCGCGUCGUCAAGUGCUGCGAGCGGCACCAUCAACGCUGCAAAGGAUGGACGCAAAGUCCAAGCCACGAUUCCACCACCACCACCGCCGGCGGGUAGCGCUGGCAGUCACGCGAAGGUCGCGAAAGAGGUGGUGGCGAAGGCGCAGCAGCACGUGGAGCAACCGUACUGCGGUGGGGAGGAGACGGUAAGAAGGAAAGCACCGCAGCGACAUGCCGUGAAGAAGAUCUUCGGGUUCUUGACCGAGCACUACGAGCAGUGGCGCGCGCAACACAGUGACGACCCCGCGGCGAACGCGCUGGCGAAGCGCAUUCACAUCUCCACCAAGUAA